UUGCGCUGUGGUUUAUUUAGCAAGAUGGCGGCGAGCGGACUUCCCCGGGCGGCUGCGGCGGCCAGCACCUCGGUGAAGCCCAUUUUCAGUCGGGACAUGAACGAGGCCAAGCGGAGGGUGCGCGAGCUCUAUCGCGCCUGGUAUCGGGAGGUGCCGAACACUGUGCAUUUAUUCCAGCUAGACAUCUCUGUGAAACAGGGACGAGAUAAAGUCCGAGAAAUGUUUAUGAAGAAUGCCCACGUCACAGACCCCAGGGUGGUUGAUCUUCUGGUUAUUAAGGGAAAGAUGGAGCUGGAGGAAACGAUUAACGUGUGGAAGCAGCGGACACAUAUUAUGCGGUUUUUCCAUGAAACAGAAGCACCAAGGCCAACGGAUUUCCUGUCCAAGUUCUACGUUGGCCACGACCCGUGAAGUCACUCAGUGGAAAGGUGCAUGUUGAUAUUUAAAUAUUUUAGAGCACAAAUAAACUCAGUAUGUGAUGGUCACUUCA